AUGUCUGUGGGUUUGCAGAGCGCCUAUUUGAGAGCUUGUGGUCAUAUACAAAUGAGUUUGAUCCAACUUCUGAUCGAGGGAGUUCAUGGUUCAGACCAAAUUUCAAGGAAAAUGGAUUUAAAAAGGGCAAGUCUAGAUAAAGGAUGUCACAGGCAUUCACAAGAGAUUUCGAGUUAUGUGAAGAUGGUGAUGAAGAAGAAUUUGGGACCAUUUUCCGCUCGGCAUUUGGUGGUACCCGAGGCUUCUUUUGUUCCUUCACGAUUGAUGAUGAACAACAUUAUAGAAACUCAUCAAGUUACUCUAGCAACUAUAGAAACUCUAGGGGUUAGAAAUCAGUAUGGAGAAGAUUCUUCACCUGAUCAUGAGAGUCCUAUGCUAUACAUGAGGUCUGAUGGGGUUGCUCUGGGGCUGGUUUCAUCCGGCCGUUUGAAUGUAGAUGACGUAAAAAAUGCAUAUCGAGCAUGUGCGUUGAAAUGGCAUCCAGAUCGACAUCAAGGCUCUUCCAAGGUGAACGAUGUUCUCCUUGCAGGUAGUAACACAUUAGUAUCUUGCUCUUCAGAUGCCACCGUGCGAACAUGUGUUAUGACAGGCAGGACUUUUGGGAGGAAG